UAUAUAACCUAAAAAUAUUUGUGUUUUUAAUUCAGUGAAAGUAAACGUUUUAUGAAUGAAAAUUAUUACAAAAAGGGCUUAGAUUAUAUUUUUUAAUCGCCAAAUACCCAAUUCUUCAAAACAUAACCCUUAAAACUGGCUUGCCCCCAACUCAAGUUUAAAACAGAUGUGCGUCCUGUCAUUACAGUUUGUUUACAUUCGAUGGUGAACCGUUUUCGUAUUUUGAUAUUAAUAACAAAGAGAUGGCCGAUCGUUUGACUCAGCUCCAAGACUGCAUCAACCAGCAAGCCGAACAUUUUUGCAACAGCAUAGGACUGCUGCAAAAGUAUGCACCUCCAAGCAAAUUUCCCAAUUUUGAUCGGAGUGGGUCACAGACUCCUCAGCAGCAAACUCAAGAAGACUACGUCCAACUGUUCACCACACUGAUUCCAAGAUGUGCUAAAGACAUCGACACCCUUAUAGAGUCGUUGCCCAGUGAGGAAAACUCCAUUGAACUACAGUUGUCCAGUUUGAGACAGUUGGAACAAGAAAACCAAGAAGCCGCAGACCGGUUGGAUGCAGUAGUAAGAUCGGGACAAGAAUUAUUGGAGAAAAUCCAGGCGGCUCUCAGUGAUAUCGCUCAGGCCCAAUUGGACAUGCAGCAUCUCAGUAAAGCGGCAGGGAUGGGCGGGAAAGUGGAAUGAUUGAGGGGGAUAAGGAGAGUGAGACAUGCAAAUGUUCAGUGGACAGUUGAUGAAAGUUAGUGAGUGGCUAUUAGAGUGUAGUUAAAGUUAUCGUGUAUUUUUUUGUUUUAAAGAAUAUUUUGGAAUAGAUUUGAAUAAAAAUGUUUUUU